CAACAAUAAAAAGGUAAGAAAAAGUGCAUGCAAACCCAUCGUGCUCCGUUUUGUUUGUUUCAACAAUUUACAUAACCUCGCACUUGAGUCCACAAACACCGCCCUUCUUCUCCUGUUCCUGAGUAGGUGCAGUAUCCCUCAUGGUAGUCUUCAUCUGUCCGGUGGAUUCGGCACGAGGGCGGGUCUCGGUCUGGACUGGCGCAGGCGCGGGAGCAGCAGCGGGGACGACAGCUGGAACAGCAGCAACGGGCUCAGGCGCCUUAGCGACGACAGGCUCGACAACAUACGGCUCAGCAACAGUCUCCACAGCGACAGGCUCACUCCUCAACGCAGCACCCUCACUCGAAACAAGAACCGGCUCACCCAAGUUCAAAUCAUCCAACUUCUUCGUAACAACCUCCUCCUUCUUCUCCGCAACUACGGUUUCAGCGCCGUUCGCUUGGAUUCGGGGGCCCGAGCGUAGUUAAGCGAAGAAACGCUGAGCGUACUGGGCGAAGGACUCACCCUGGAU